AUGUCCAGAAAAGAGCAGAAUCCAGAAAGAUCCUAUGAAGAAGAAACCAGGGAGGCGCAGCAGCUGAGAGCAAGGGGCACUCUUAGCAGCCAACGUCAACUAUGCGNCCCGGACGUUAGGCCGCGACCGCCGCAGCCUCCUGGGACCCGGCCUUCUGCUCUCCAGGGGUGGAAGGCGGCGCGGGGUAAACGAGACCGCCCCCUCGGAUGCCGGAAGAGGGCCGAUUUACUUCCAAGCAUGCCCUUCCAGAAGCACGUCUACUACCCGCUCGCCAGCGGCCUCGAGAGUCCAGACGCCCCCCCAGCCUCCGCGGCGGGCGCGGCUGCCAUGGCCUGUGUGCCCCGCAGCGCGGCAUCGGGCCACCUGCCCUUCUUUCAGUUCCGGCCACGGCUGGAGAACGUGGACUGGCGGCGGCUGAGCGCCAUCGACGUGGACAAGGUGGCAGGGGCCGUGGACGUGCUCACGCUGCAGGAGAAUAUCAUGAACAUCACCUUCUGCAAGCUGGAGGAUGAGAAGUGCCCGCACUGCCAGUCAGGGGUGGAUCCGGUGCUGCUGAAGCUCAUCCGCCUGGCGCAGCUCACCAUUGAGUACCUGCUGCACUCGCAGGAGUUCCUCACCUCGCAGCUGCACCACCUGGAGGAGCGGCUGCGCCUGAGCCAGGCGGACUGCGAGCAGGGCAAGCAGCUCCUCAACCGGCAGGCUGGGGAGAUCAAAUUACUCAAGGAAGAGUGUAAACGCAGAAAAAAGAUGAUCUCCACCCAGCAGAUGAUGAUUGAUGCCAAAGCCAGCUAUUACCAGUGCCAUUUUUGUGACAAGGCUUUUAUGAACCAAGCUUUUCUACAGAGUCACAUGCAGCGCCGCCACCCUGAAGAUUCUCACCUUGAGUAUAAGAAAAAGGUGCAGACUGAUAAACUCCAGAAUGAGAUUGACAUGUUGAAGGAGCAGCUGCAGCACACCAAGUCUCAGUUAGAGGCUGCACAGCACGCCCAUGCAAUCAGAUCCUCUAAGGAAUAUGAAAUGCAGAAAACAAAAGAGGAAGAAUUUCUGAAGCUAGUUGAUAGAUGGAAGGAAGAAGAAAAGGAGAAACUACUUGAUGAAAUGGAAAAAGUCAAGGAAAUGUUUAUGAAGGAGUUUAAAGAAUUAACUUCCAAGAAUUCAGCAUUAGAAUAUGUAAGUAUUAAACCAAGAAGUCCUCAUAGUAUUGGUAGAGUUGUUGCCUUGAGAGCUGGUGUUAGCAUGACACUCCUGUCAUAUAUAGAUAAACUUCGAACCUCAGUGAUAGAUGAUCUAAAUGCGAGUAAUGUUUCCUACAAGAAAAGAAUAGAUGAACUGAGGCAGAGGCUUCAGGAACAGAAGGAACUGAUUACCACUCAGAGACAACAGAUUAAAGAGUUUACCAGUAAACCAUUGAACAGUGUCAUUGAACCCAAAGGGAAUCCUUCAACCUGGCAAAUUUUUGAAUCUAAGUCAACUGGCCCAGCUGUACCUAUGAAUGCUCCCGCCCCACAGACUUUGGAUGCUAAGUCAAGUCUAACAGUGGCACAUGAACAGGCAUUCUCAUCGCACAUACUGGAACCAAUAGAAGAACUUUCAGAGGAAGAAAAAGGAAGGGAAAAUGAACAGAAAUUAAAUAACAAGAUCAAUUUAAGCAAAGCUUUGAAGAAUAACCCCUCUCUCACUAAAGAAAUCAGAACAGUCUUGGAACAGAGUCUGGUGGAGAAGUUGGAAACCUUGGGGAUUAAUGCAGAUAUACGUGGCAUUCCAAGUGAUCAAUUGAAUAGAGUGCUAAGAGCCGUGGAAUCAGCGAGACAUGAUCGAGAAAGACAACUACCUAACAUUCAGCAAAUUCGAGACUUCCUUGAACAUCAGGUCAGCUGUAAAAUUAAGGAGAGAACAUUAGCAUCUUCAGACAGGUACAGUGCUUCUCAAGCGGACACCUCUUCAACUGGAGAAAUACCCAAGGCAAUACAGCUUCCUCCCAAAAACAGACAAUUGGUUAGACAAAGACCUGUUUUUACUGAUAGGACAUCUGUUCCAAAAAGUAAGAAAAAUAUCAUAGAAGACCAUUUUCCCAGAAAGUCUUCAACUAUUACGACCUCUCCCUUCAGUUCAGAGGACGAGUUAGAUGAUGAGGACUUCAUCCAGGCAUACACAUCUCCAGACUUACUUCCUGUGCAGUCAUCUAAAAGCAAGAGUAGCUUUGGCAGGAAAACUGUCAAGAGUGACACCGACUGGACUGAGGGCAGUGAAAUUGAAGACUCUGAUAUUUCUCCCAAGCCCACAGGAACCUCCAUUAAAACAUUAACUGAAAAAGUCGAAAAGACGGUUUCAAAUCACAGAAAUGUGAAUAAGCCAGUUGGUGGAAUUAAUAUUGCUGAAGCGUUCCUCAAAAGAGAAUUAAAAGAAGAGCUAAAGUACGCAGAUGUGGAUGAUGAUGACUGGGACAUAUCAUCACUAGAGGAAGAAAAAUUGGGGGGGAAAAAAACCGGGAAAGAACAGAAAGAAUCUCCACCUGUGAAAAAUGAAUCAACUUCUACUCAAAUGCCAAGUGCCUGGGGUGUAUCAAAUCUUAAAGGACCAAAGGGAGAAGGACUUCAAGAUGAAUCAAGCACCUUGAAAAGCAGCUUAGUAACUGUGACUGAUUGGAGCGACUCUUCAGAUGUAUAACUGAGGUCCCACAUGUCAGAGCAUCCAGAUGCCAACAGUAUUUCAGUAUCACAGUAUUUCAGUAAUCUGCCAACACGAUUCUAAUGCUGCUGCCUUACAGUAUUUCCUACAGUAACAAAGAAGCUGAUUCAAAGAACAAGGGUCUUUUUAAUGGCACCUAACACAGUAUUGAAAAAUGAAACUGUCAACAGUAUUUUGAAGCAUAUAAAGGUGUUUAAGACUUCUGCUGCUUAAAUAUAACGUGUCAUUGAAGUCAUAGAAAGUUUUUCUUCAAAAUGGUACUCUCGUGUUUAAGUGUAUUUUUUUCAACUAAUUUUAAAGUGAAUUUUUAAAAAAAAUUAUAGCAGGUUUUAGUUUGAAUUAAAACUUUUAAAAUAUCUGUUGGUGUCCUUAAAAUUGAAUUAGUGGAAUUAGUGAUAUCUUAAGGGUAGAUUGGUUAUUUUUCAUAUAGAAGUUUAGAAUUAUAAUAUAGCUAGGCCCAUGUUAAAUACAUUUUCCAGAGUACCUUUACCAUAUGCAGCUUUGAGCCAUUGUAAGCAUGUUGUUAUUUAACAAUUAUUUUAGAACUUUAAAUACCAUUUCUGCAGCAUAAUCUUUACCUGGGAUAUUUUAUGAAUAAAAUGUAGCUAUUUUAAGUGUCAAUUAGUUUAUCAGAAUAUGAAUAGAAAAGAUUGAGUCGUUAUUGAAUUCAUAUGUGUAUGUGGGGUUUUCUUUCACUUUUUAAAAACGUCCAACCUGUAUUAUAAGAUACCUCAAAACUAAUUUAGUUUAUUCAUAACAAUGACAUGUCAAUGGUCAGAAAGUUCAUAUACACUGUCUGCAUUUUUUAAACUUUGUGGUAUAAUCUGUACUGUGUUUCCCAAAAAAGUAACUUUUUUUUAUUAUUAGUUUCAGGUGUACAAAACCAAAAAAAGUAACAUUUCAACUAGUUUGUUGGUUUGGGAUCUCUUUUUAUUUUGUCAACCUUUCAAGUAAAGCACUCCAUUACAUCAUUGUGA